AUGGGGGACCCUUUGUCAGAUUGCAGCCCCCUCAUCGGUGCAGCAGCCUCCUGUAAGCUGCGUCUGGUCCGCUUGCUGGUGGAGGGGGGGGCUCAGGUCAACAGGUGCAACCCGAAAGGAGAGACACCGCUCCUGGCUGCCUGUAAGGCCCUGAGAGGGGAGCCUGAUGGGCCUGAGACGGUGAAACUCCUCACCUACCUGCUGCAGAACAAGGCAGAGCCGAACGCACAGGACCGGGCCGGACGCACUGCUCUGAUGUACGCUUGCAUGGAGCGGGCAGGAGCUCAGGUGGCAUCCACCCUGCUGGCUGCAGGAGCCGACCCCAGCAUAGAGGAUCACUCCGGAGCCUCAGCACUGGUGUACGCCGUCAACACACAGCACCAGCCCACAGUAAAGGUUUUGAUGGAUGCCUGCCGGGCCAGGGGUCGGGACAUCAUCAUCAUCACCACAGAGAUGAAUGUGAACGGAGGCCCGGUGACCAGACGUCAACUGAACGUUACUCCGUCUCCUGACUCCUCGCCGGUGUCCUGCAUGUCCCCGUCUGACAUCAUCCUCAAGACGGGCUCACCCAAUUCACCCGAUGCAGAAAACAUUUUCAACUUCAGAGGAACUGGCACAAGAGGGAGCAGCAGCAGCAGCAGUGGCAGCGGCAGACUUCCCUCCUGUGAGCUGGGCCAGUGCAGCUCUCCUCCGCCCAGACAGAGGAUGUUAUCUGAACCGUGGCUGGCCAUUCACAACCUGGCCUGCCUGAACCGGGCCUAUGAGGAGAGCAUGAUGGAGAGGAGCCUGCGGGAGGAGGGGGGCGGAAAGGAUUCAAGGAGGGAGACUGGAGGGAGGGGAGAGGUGAGCUCAUCUCAGGCAACAGCCAGCCGACUCUUCCCUCAGAGGUGUCUGAUGCCCAAAGGUUCAACUUCUGACACCACCACCCUAAAAAGCUGGGUUGAUAAGCUUCCUGCUUAUUUGCGUCCCCACUCCCAACUCCGCAGGAACACCCUCCCCUCCGUCAUGGUGGUUCCUCCUCCGCUUCACCUCCCACCCUUAGUCUAUCAAUCAGACUCCCAUCUGAAGGUUCCCAUUCCAAAAAACAGGAGCAUGGUGUUUCUGCCUCACCCACCAAGCUCGUCAUCAUCCUUAUCUUCACCCAGAGCAUCUGUAAGACUCCCCAGGCUUCUGGCCGCCUCCUCCUGCACCUCCCUGGCUGCUCCCCCUGCAUCCUGCUGCAGCAAGAGCUUGCUGCGCCGCCACUCGGUACAGCUUGACCAGAUCAGAGGACGAGGAGAAACUAUUUAG